AUGGUUGGGAGAGCUCGGGCGUCGAGUGUUCCUGAAUUUGGUACCCACUCCGGCUCCACCUGGAGACAGAGGAGACGACGACGACGCCGGCGCAGGCAUAGUGGCAUAGUAGAGACAGCCAGACAGGGCGCUUGCAUGCGGCGAACAUCAGAGGCAUGGCAUUGGCCGGCACGUUUCAACACAAGUCGUGAGCUACCCUGCCCUGGCGCCCCGUGGUGGAGCCGGGGCAGUGCCUCGCUGUCCAAAUUGCGAUUUCAUGCUUUGCUAUCCUUUUCUGUCGCGAGCGACAAUCCCGAAGACGACGACGACGACGACGACGACGACGACGCCGACGGCAACGACACAGGCUCGGCUGCAACCGUCGCGGCCAUGACGGUGUUGACGGCCUCGCCAUCGCCUGCACUGCCUUUUCUUUUCGCCGCCGUUCUGCAGCCUCGCCCAUGGGCGCAGCCUGCUGUUUCUACAGAAACGUUGCUGCACGCGGUCUGCUGGCCAGGCAAAUGUCGAGCAUGUGUGGGCGCCAUGCCAUCUUUGCUUUGCCCUCUUCAAUAG